AAAAAAUUCAAAUAGACGUUACCUUUGUGUAUAUUGCCUCUGCCUCCUCCUCGUUCUGCCUCCACCCGCCUUCUUCAACCAUCAUUGCAUUCGGAAACAACUCUCGAGAGUUCUUGGGAGGAACCUCUGGGCUGAACAGCCCCGGAAAGAAAGAAACUCAAGCACAUACUGAAAUCAUAAGAUCAGACGAUGCUUCUCCCAGUGGUUUAAACAUCAAGAUGAGAGGAAGUCCUAAUACUUUCACUUGUCCUGCCAUAGAGGCAAGACAGCGAUUAUCGGUAUCAAUUGAAGACAUAUACAAGAGGAGGUUUCAAAGAAGUAAAGCUAAAAGUGCUGAGAAGCCCCCUUACGGCUCCUUCCAAGAUAGAAGUCCAAACUGCAAGUUCCCUCUUUUGAAGCUAGUCCUAGUUAUCAUUAUGUGCGGCACCUUUUUAACGCUCAUAUACUCUCCAGAGGUCUAUGACAACGACCACUUGACGCGAUCUGGUUCCGGCCCAGGCUUUGUAAACAGGUGGAUAUGGGGUGGACCGGAUCCACGUUAUACAUCACAUGAAGACAUUAAUUGGGAUGACAUCUCAAAAAUCGUUGAUGAAGUGAAUGAUGGAAAUGAGUAUCAGGGAAUUGGCCUUCUGAACUUCAACAAAAGUGAAAUUGACCACUGGAAGCACAUCAUUCCUGAGGCCAACCACGUGGCGUUGCAUCUGGACACUGUGGCCAAAAAUGUGACUUGGGAUUCUUUAUAUCCAGAAUGGAUUGAUGAGGAACAAGAAGAAGAAGUUCCUUUUUGCCCAUCACUACCAAAGCUCGAAGUUCCCGGAAAACGCCUUGAUCUCAUUGCAGUCAAGCUUCCCUGCAGAAAUGAGGGGAAUUGGUCGAAAGAUGUCGCCCGGUUACACUUGCAGCUGGCUGCCGCAGGGCUUGCAGCCGCUGCCAAAGGCUUCUACCCUGUGCAUCUGCUUUUCAUUUCCAAAUGCUUCCCAAUACCGAACCUGUUUACUUGCAAGGAACUCGCUGCACGAGAAGGGAGUGCACGCUUGUACAAGCCAAACUUGAAUGUGUUGAGAGAAAAGCUCCAGCUUCCAGUUGGCUCAUGUGAACUUGCCCUGCCUCUCAAGGUCAAAGAGCUUGCCUACGCUGGCAACGAACGCAGAGAAGCAUAUGCAACAAUCCUUCACUCUGCCCAUGUCUAUGUUUGCGGAGCCAUAGCUGCUGCUCAGAGUAUCCGCAUGGCUGGUUCCACCCGAGACUUGGUUAUUCUUGUGGAUGAGACUAUUAGCGCAUACCACCGCAGUGGACUCCAGGCUGCCGGGUGGAAGCUUCGGACUAUCCAAAGAAUCAGGAACCCAAAAGCUGAGAAGGAUGCUUACAACGAAUGGAAUUACAGCAAGUUCCGACUGUGGCAACUCACAGAUUAUGACAAGAUCAUUUUCAUCGAUGCCGAUUUGCUUAUGCUCAGGAACAUUGAUUUCUUGUUCGGAAUGCCAGAAAUUUCUGCCACAGGCAAUAAUGGGUCAAUGUUCAAUUCUGGGGUCAUGGUGAUCGAACCGUCUAAUUGCACCUUCCAGCUUCUGAUGGAUCACAUCAACGAGAUCGAAUCGUACAAUGGCGGAGACCAGGGGUACUUGAACGAGAUUUUUACGUGGUGGCAUCGGAUUCCGAGGCACAUGAACUUCUUGAAGCACUUCUGGAUUGGUGAUGAGGAAGAGAAGAAGCAAAUGAAGACUAGGCUGUUUGGGGCGGAGCCUCCGGUUCUGUAUGUGCUGCACUAUCUGGGGUUAAAACCAUGGCUGUGCUUCCGGGACUACGAUUGUAAUUGGAAUGUGGAUAUAUUACAGGAGUUUGCGAGCGAUGUCGCUCACGAAAGGUGGUGGAGAGUGCACGAUGCUAUGCCGGAGCAGCUGCAGCAGUUUUGCCUGUUGAGGUCGAAGCAGAAGGCUGGGCUGGAGUGGGACAGGAUGCAGGCCGAGAAAGAAAAUUUCACAGAUGGGCAUUGGAGAAUUAAAAUUAAGGACCCUCGUUUGAAGAAAUGUACUGACAAUUUGUGCUCCUGGAAGAGUAUGCUGAGGCAUUGGGGCGAGACGAAUUGGACCGACAAUGAAGCCUUCACUCCAACGCCACCAGCAAUUACCACAGCAUCUCUCAAAAGAUUAUGAGUUGCAGUUCCAAAUUCCAUUCUUCUGUGUGCACGACACUUUUCGUAAAGUGAGAAUAAAACCGAAUAUAACACAUGGAUUAGGACUCAUUUCAUGAUCUGAUUAUAAGUUUUGAUUAUAUUGCCUCGAUCUGAUUCAUUUGCAAAUUUGUGACGGAUUCUCUAGAUGUCACACGAGAAAAAUAUUCUUGCUUCUCGCACAUUUUGUAUGUUUAUUGACAAUAAUUUAUUCAAUAAGAAAUGAAAAUUCUAUGUUAUGCAGCC